AUGGCGUCUACCGUAGGAAAGACCAUCACCUGCAAAGCUGCCGUCGCCUGGGAGGCUGGCAAGGAGCUCACCAUUGAGGACGUCGAUGUCGCUCCCCCCAAGGCCCACGAGGUCCGUGUUCAGAUUCACUACACUGGUGUUUGCCACACAGAUGCGUACACGCUCUCCGGCAAGGAUCCUGAGGGUGCCUUCCCCAUUGUCCUCGGACACGAGGGUGCCGGCAUCGUCGAGUCCGUCGGUGAGGGCGUCACCAACGUGAAGCCCGGCGACACCGUCGUUUGCCUCUACACCCCCGAAUGCAAAGAGUGCAAGUUCUGCAAGUCCGGCAAGACCAAUCUCUGCGGCAAGAUUCGCGCCACCCAGGGUAAGGGCGUCAUGCCCGACGGCACCAGCCGCUUCCGGUGCAAGGGCAAGGACGUGCUGCACUUCAUGGGCACGUCGACCUUUUCGCAGUACACCGUCGUCGCCGACAUCUCCGUCGUCGCCGUGCAGCCCGACGCCCCCAUGGACCGCACGUGCCUGCUGGGGUGCGGCAUCACGACCGGCUACGGCGCGGCGCGCGUGACCGCCAACGUGGAGGAGGGCUCCAACAUCGCUGUCUUCGGCGCCGGAUGCGUCGGCCUCUCGGUCGUGCAGGGCGCCGUCAUCAACAAGGCCAGCAAGAUCAUCGUCGUCGACGUCAACCCGAGCAAGGAGGCGUGGGCCACCAAGUUUGGCGCCACCCACUUUGUCAACCCCAACGACCUGCCCAAGGGCCAGACCAUCGUUGACAAGCUGAUCGAGAUGACGGACGGCGGCUGCGACUACACGUUUGACUGCACGGGCAACGUGAGCGUGAUGCGCGCCGCGCUCGAGGCCUGCCACAAGGGCUGGGGCGAGAGCAUCAUCAUCGGCGUGGCGGCUGCCGGCCAGGAGAUUUCCACCCGACCAUUCCAGCUCGUUACCGGUCGCGUGUGGAAGGGAUGCGCGUUUGGCGGCAUCAAGGGCCGCUCCCAGAUGGGCGGCCUCGUCAGCGACUACCUCGACGGCAAGCUCAAGGUCGACGAGUUCAUCACCCACCGCAAGACUCUGGGCGAGAUGAACAACGCGUUCGAGACCAUGAAGGACGGCGACUGCAUCCGUGCCGUCGUUGACAUGAAGAAGUUGUAG